CGGGCUGUCAGAGUUCCCCUGAGUUGACUAUGGAGGGGUUGUGUCAGCCGCAGGAGGCCAAAUCCGAGGUCACUAACCAGUGCCGUGGACAUAAUAGAUGAAAUGUUAAUUGAAUCGAAUGUUUAGGAGAGUAUCCCUAAACUUUUGGUGUCAACAUUGUCAGCAACUACCACAGCUCACCUGUGGUGCCAGUUCAUGCAACAAAUAUUUAGUGAACAUCUGCUUUCUACGUGCAAGGCAUUAUGCAGGGCGCUGUGGACGCUCAGAGAGAAACAGUCCCAGCCCUUAUGGAGCUUAAAAUACUGUAAUUGAGCUUCUAGAUCUUCAGUGGAAAAUGGGUAUGGCGGUGAGCUCAGACAGUUGCAGAUCUCUUAAGUCUCCUUAUAUUGCAGUGACACUAAAAGUGGCAGAUCAGUCAGGCCAGAUUACAAACAAGUCCUUUGAAAUGACAAUUCCACAAUUUCAGUAUUUCUUCAAGCAGUUCAAAGAAAUGGCUGCUGUUAUUGAAACUGUGUAAGAGCUGCUUACUUUGUUGCCAAGUCUAUAUAACUUUUGUAAGAUCAUGUAUGUCAUUUGAUGUAAAUACAGUUGUGCAAUGAUUAAAUGCUAUUUGUUAAAUGAA